ACAGGCAAAUUCCGCAUUAAUGGAAUUAUUGGAUCAGCUGUUCUCCGUAAUAAAUGUAUCAAAGUUCAUAAAAAAUCAAGCACAGUUUUCGCAAAUGUGGUUAAAUUUUCUAGAUUGUUGGAAACAUGUAUAACAUAAAAACGAAAGUAACGGAGUUGCGGAUCAAAUAAAAUACUUGUCAAGAUGAUUUUAAAAAUAUAUCAAACAAAUUAUCAUGUUGCAGAUUUGGCUCCGCGUAUCGCUUUAUUUCUACUGAUAUUUUAUUGGAUUAUGCCAUGGCGCUUUGCUUCACAUUAUGAUUUUUUAAAUCGAAAUGAAAUAGUUAAUGAACUCGUUGAACAAGUCACUAGUAACAUCUCCAUGCAACGUAUGGCACCAUGUGACUACAGUGAUAUUUUAGCAGAUAAUGCGAACACAUAUCGCCCGCAGUAUCGUGAUCACGUUUUGAGGGGAGAAGAAAUACUACAGGGAGGUGAAUAUUUUCCAGAGGAGUGCAGCGCACGCUAUAGCACUGCUAUCAUUGUGCCUUACCGUAAGCGUGAGGAGCAACUGCAUGCUUUUCUUAUCUAUAUGCACAAUUAUCUUCGACAACAACGGAUCCACUACCGUAUUUUCUUAGUUGAGCAAUACGAUCAGAAACCUUUUAAUCGCGCCAAACUAUUCAAUAUAGGUUCUAUAAUUGCGGCAGAACUUGAAUUUCCUUGCUUAAUAUUGCACGAUGUCGAUUUGCUCCCAAUGAACCUAGGUCAACUAUACGCUUGUACGCAGAAACCCCGUCAUAUGUGUUCCGCUUUGGAUAUUUUCCGUUUCACAUUGCCAUACCGUGGACUAUUUGGAGGUGUUGUGGCUAUACGAACGCAACAGUAUCGGUUUAUUAAUGGUAUGUCGAAUAUGUUCGAAGGCUGGGGAGGAGAGGAUGAUGAUUUCUUCAAUAGAUUGUAUUCGCAUAAAAUUGAUAUUUGUCGCUUUGAACCAACCUACAGCAAAUAUACGAUGAUACGACAUAAGCCGGAGAAGAAGAACGAAGAUCGCCUAGAGUUGCUAAGGAAUGGAUAUAAACGCUUUUUAACUGAUGGACUGAAUUCGUUAGUGUACAAAGAGAAAGAACGUCGUAUGCAUAGCCUAUUUACACAUAUUCUGGUCGAAACAUGAAUGUAAUGAAGUUUGGGGAAAUAAGUUUUCAAUGGACAUUCGUCCGAUGAAAAGUGCGGAGGUUGAAAAAAUCUCCAGAAAAAGGCUUGUGGUUGUAGUUAUAAAAAUUACAACGAAAAGAUAUACAUACAUAUAGAUAAAUUUAAGUAUUGCAUAUGUAUAAUAAAUAUAAAACUUUUUUUAGUCUAGUCUUAAUACGCGCGAGCGUACGAUUUGCACUAACGCACACGCACAAGAAUAUACAACUCGCCGCUGCAAAAUGCUAAACAAUAUAUAGAUAAAGACUUGAUUCCUAAUGUAACUAUGUCAAGUGCUUUAAAUUGUUUUAAAUUUAGAGCACGAAGAAGUGUUGAAUUAAUUAUAUUUAACUAGGACAAUGACGAUAAUAAAUUAAAGCUAAAAAGAAUAAAA